AUGGCAGCGGGCGACGAGGUAUCCGAGAUGGAUGCCCAGAUGGCCCGCUUACGGGCUCAAAUAGGAGGCUUGCGUAAACGACGCCAGCUUAUUGAGCUGCAAUCCCAGGUUGCGGAGGAGGAGAGGUUGCUACAAGAAGCAGAAGACAAGCUUAAUGCAGCUCGUACUCAGAGUUGCGAGGGCACCCCGGUCCCCUCAGUGACCCCUCUCCCGGAUACUAGCAGCAUGGUGGCUGCUUUUAUCGAGUCAGUUGUGAGCCCUCAAUCCGAGCAGGCGUCCCCUGUUCAGAAGGGCCAUAUCACAAAUGGUGGGGUUACUAACUCUCAGGGAGUCCAUCCGGCACGCACUGGCCUUCUGGCAUCUGGGUCCACCAAGCCAGUCUCUCAACCUGUGGUGACGUCAAAACAGGCUGGACAGCUCAAGACACCACCGGCUACAGUCCAGAGCGCCAAGCGUCCUGCUGUUUCCGCUGCGAAUGACGUUAGCCCUACCCCGGCAGUCCGCCCAUCUGCAGCAAGUCCCCGUGGAGACAACGAAGUGCCGCCAGCUAAAAUCCAGAAAAUCAAUCCCAUUCCCUCUCCCGCAAAGAUACAACCACCUCGCAAAGCGCCGACACUCACCGUCAAGCUCCCUGCUCAGCUAUCUGCUCCGAUCACAAAGCCAGCAGUACCUGUUCCAGUGGCUCCUAAUGUGGCCGCUGAGCCACCAGAACCAAAGAUGAAUGCAGUCCCGAAGUCGAUUCCCACUAUAACACUGAGGGAUGCCCAGUUUAGCAAGCCGACGGUACAGUCGCCCCCGAAGCCGAUGCUGAUUCCCACUAUCACACUCAGGGACAACAAGCUUGGACUACCGCCGCUGCAGCCGCUGCCGACUGGCGCACCAACGGGACCAGCCAUGCCGGUAAAGCAGGUACUAAGUUCGCCUGCGGUGAAACAGAACAACACGCCCAGUGUGCAGACCAAUGGACAUGUUGUCAAGCCAACCAAUAAUGUGCCUGUGUCACCUGCGUCGGAUGCUGCCUUUGUGAAAGAAGGCCCACGUGCAAACAAGCCAGUAGAUCAUGACCCAGCACUGCAAGUGAACAAGGCAUACACUUUCCCACCCCCGCCCCCUAAACUUGGCGUUUAUCAAGCCUCCAAAUGGGAUGAGUGUCAACGGUUUCUGGCGGGGCUUGACGAGUAUUUCCUUAAGUUCCCCACACACUACGCCGAGGAUGAACCUAGACUCGAGCUCGGCGCCCGCUUACUUGCACCACAGUUUCGCAAUCCUUGGAUUGCAUUCGCUCACAAACGUGGGAGGUCAUGGAAAUCCUACCUUACUUUCCUGGCGCAUGCCCUCGCUCGCAACAGCAAUGAGAGAACAGCUACCAUGUUGUUCUCAAAUGGUGCUCAGUUCGCCAACCAGCCUGUUAGACAUUUCGCCCUUUGGCUGAUCCAGUGGGAGCCCCAUCUUCCAACUUUCACCGUUCAUGAUCACAAGUUGCGUCUUUUGGACGGAAUUCUCCCAUCUGUUCGAGCAAAGGCCAGCAAGCCUCAUACGGAAUUUGAUGACUACAUAUCGUACACGGUGUAUCUUCAAGUCAUUGAAAAUUCUAUCCCCGAACGUGUGAGGAUGCUGAGUGGCUUGAGAGGCAAUCUGUUCCCUGCUGAAUUGGAGGAUUAUGGUAUUAUCCAGCAAGAGUCAAAGCCAGUUAUUAAGGAGCAGCCUACGCAACUGCCUCAGAGGCCUUUCCACCUACCGGUCCAAGACAACGAUCGCCCCCAAAACAACCUAAAGCUCGCUCUCCAUCCCGACCCAGGCUUCGUUCUCCUCCCCGAGCUCGGUCACCUUCCAGAUAUCCCAGAGAUUGCUCUCCUUCUAGACACCAAAGAGAUCGUUCUCGUUCCAGAAAUAGAGGUCGUUCGCCACCUGCCAGGUCAGUUCGACCUCGCUCGCCGUCCAGACCAGCAACAUCUAGAAGAUACAGGACUCCCUCUCCUGCAGCGCGGCCAUCAUAUGGAAACCGGUCGCCAGACACGAUACCGUUCCCGGGAACGCCCUCCAGAAGCACCAAGGGCACGUACUCCACCAAGAGCGCGUACUCCUACGGGUCCUCAUCAAUACACAGUAGCUGCAGGCAGACAGACUCCGGGACCUCAUGCACGUCGCAUGUCACCUGCGCCGCCACACCCCCAUGUCCCAACUUACAGCGCGGGUUCUUGGUGGGAAUUCAGAAACUUCACAGGCAAUAUUGAAGUCCAUUUCAAAAAGUACUCAAAUUACUAUGAUGACGAGCACAAGAUCGAAGCCGGCAAACGUUGUCUUCAUGAACCGCUACUGGCUCGGUGGAACGCGUAUGCCAAUCGACUUCCUAAAGUGUCUUGGCUAACAUUCUGCACGUUCCUCGUUCAGCUACUUCCACCCGAUGGAACUGAGCAGGAGUCUCGAAAGUUGUACUGCAAUGUUAAGCAAGGAAAUGGACAGUCGCUUCGUGACUUUGUCUUCCUUAUGCUACGAUAUGCGAAAUGCUGGAACACCAAGGAUCACAAUCGCCUUCUUCACCUAUGGGAGCGAAUUAACCCCUCUAUCAAAGACCAGUGUUCACGCACUUGGCGCGACUUCGAAGACUUCCAUGACUUCGUCACAUAUCUGCAGAGUGUCGAAUCCGGUGUUGCCGAUUCUGACGCUACUAUAACUCCAGCUAUUGUGGCUUCCUCCUCGCCUCGCUCUAAGCGUCCUCCUGCACGACCUGCUCCUCGCGCACCUUCCCGUCCACCUCCUCGUGGACUUUCUCGGCCGCCUCCCCGAGCUCCUUUUCGAGCACCCCGAGGAGGUCGAGAGGCUCCUCGAGGACCGCCUGGACCUCCUGGGUCACAUGGAUCAUCUAAAAAGAGACCGCCACCGAAGAAAGGCCGAGGUGGUGGUGCUAGACGUGGUGGCCGUCGUUGA